AGAGAUGAUUCCCAGAACUAUGCCUCAGGCAUCAACAACUUAAAGUUGGAGCCCCUCCUUCUGAAUCAGGACUAGCCUCAACGUCACCGGUCUGAUUGUCUGAUGCAAGCACGACCAACUUCCUUUUUUCUAUUUUUCUUUUGUGCGUGUUUGUUUUUUUUGCUCCCUGGGGAAUACAAUCAACACAGACAACCGACUUGUCCAUGAAGCCAGUGGCAUAAUCACCUAAUCAGUUGGCAGAAUGCCUUCUUCAACAUGCCAUCUCCCCAACGGACAUACCUUUUCGGUGACGCCAGUCUUUGGAGGUGUAACUUUCAAGGAAAUAGAUGCCUGCGUCCACAAUCCGGCAUUUCCUCCCGGAUGGACGGUUGUUAUUCAUACCGAGAAAUUGAUUGAGGAGGACCAUGCCAAUGAGGAGCGCAAAUCGCACGAAGAGAAUAAUACUAAUGAUAAUGAUAAUAAUCACGAUACCAAUGCAGAGAAAACGACCGCGUCAGAGCCCAAAGUCCGCAUUUCUGCGUUCAGAAAACCCACGUUGCGGAAUGAUUGCAUAUUUAUUUCUUCGAUAAACGAUCCUAGCGAUUUCAAAACUCCCGUCUCGCCGUCCCGUCAAAUCGCCAUGAUGCUCUGGGCGACGCUCUGGUGGUACUUUCAUGAACCAGAGCCGGAUCUUCAUCUCUUAACCGAAGCUUCAGCGGGUACAGCAGAGUCGGGCAGACCAAAGGGCGAGUGGAGGGUGAAUAUCAAAAGAGAGGGCGUUUUCAAAGGGAGAAAUCUGUUGCAGAAACUAGAGCGCAUGGGUUUAAUUGCCAAUGAAGAUUCAUCAGUGGGAAUAGAGCCACUCGAUGCUCGAAAUCCGGCCCAUUGCUCCCGAAUGUUUGCGAGUCGUCGAAGCUUUUGGCAAUUGGAUCCUCGCAUUUUUAUUUUCACGUCGACUCCAGCCAAUAUAUCGCCCGGGAAUACUGGUUCGUUGUCACCUGUCACUUCGCCUUAUGGUUCUCGGCCUGCUUCUCCAAAUCUGGAGACACUUCGGCUCGUGGAUGCCAGUUUGACGGCUUCCGUCGAUAAUCCUCCUCCCAUUCACAUACUUAAUACGAUCAGUGGACCCUUCCAUUCGGGUAGUCAUUUACCGACUUAUUUUCCACCAGCCCCGACACAGUACAUAUUCACAAACGGUGUUCGGCAUCCUCUCCGGCAACGACCUCCACAUCAGGGAGAGACAUUCUAUGUGCGCUAUGUCCCGAGUGUGGGACAGUACCUUUCGUUUCGCGUACCAAUACUUAACACGGUGAAAACGAGCGGUCUGCAUCACAGCCAUAGCGCAUCGACUGCGUCAUGUCGAGGCCCGAUCAGCCCUUCGCAGGGAUCAUCUGAUGUGGACCUGAUACACAAAUGGAUGAAUGUCCCACGUGUCAAUGCAGCAUGGGGUGAAGCCGGGUCAAAGUCAAAGAUAGAAGAAUUCCUGAAGCAAGGACUCAACAGUCGGCAUAGUUUCCCGGUCAUUGGAUGCUGGAAUGGUAAGCCCUUUGGCUAUUUUGAGGUAUACUGGGUUAAGGAGGACCGGUUUGGGCGACUGCUGAACAGUGUCGGCAAUUACGAUCGAGGAUUGCAUGUGCUGGUUGGUGAAGAUGAGUUCCGUGGUGCUCAUCGCGUACCUAUCUGGCUCAGUUCGCUGGUACAUUAUUGCUGGCUGGCUGACCCACGUACGGAGACUGUCUUGUUGGAGCCUCGAGUGGACAAUCAAAAGCUUAUCUCUUACCUACUGGAACUAGGCUUCUACAAAGAAGGAGAAGUCACCUUCCCACACAAGCAAUCUGCAGUCAUGAAGAUCAAUCGUGAUAGUUGGAACCAGCCAGCAUUGUGAAGUCGAACUGGUUUCUCUCAGAAAAUUCCUGAACUUUCUAUGGUACCAGCAUAUAGACUUGGUUGAUAUACCCAUUUUGUUUUUGAUGUUCUAUAUUUAGCUGUGGCGAAUAUACUGCCUAUAUCAUCCGAUGUUAAACUAUAAACGAGAGUCUUGCCACAAACUAAUGCAGUUUUGCGUAAUUUUAUUUAG